AUGGGCAAUGUCGCCAGCCGCCUGGAUGAUGCGGGGAGCUUGUUCUCCAAGGACCAGAAUCGCUUCUCCAUCGCAUCGGUCACAAUAAGCAACUCCCGCCGCCGCCUGCUGACCCUGUCCCCAAACGCGUUCCCUGCGGUGCGAUAUAUAGCAAAGCGAGACCCGAGCGACGAAUGCCCGAUCGAAUAUAUUCAGGACCCAGAUGUCGCCUCGUCAACCUCAGCCCCUACGUUCCUGCUACGCCUUUCCAACGAUGACGAACUCAUCUUUAACUUCACCUUCAUCCUGCGUCAGACAAAAACCGGCAAUGUCGCAGGUUCAACUGUCAAUGGCGUAUCGACCUCGCUCCCAGAAGUCGCCGACACAACCCUCACGGGACUCACAUUCGCCCACGCAUCCAACUCGAAGGAACUCGAUAAUUUGAUCACGCGAGAGUUCCACGCGAACCCCAACUUGCAGAAUAACUCCAAUGUUCAGCUCAUCGGGGACUUUUCGACCGGAGGUACCCCGUCAGUGUCAUUUGAAUGGUCCUGGAGAUGGAAGCCUCCCAAAAUAAUGGAGGACAAAGGUGGCGGCUGGCGAAACAGCUGCAGCUUCUUGGAUUAUGAUCAAAGGACCAACCGCUUGAAUACUCUGGCUCACUUCUCCUUCUGGGUGCAUAACUCCAUUCGUCUGUUGCCCAGCCCCCAACUAUCCUCUCCCAAUCUAGAAUUGCCCGUUCCUCGACCGCGCAGCCGCGUCCCUUCCACCCAGUCCACCGUUUCCCAUCUCAGUGAUACCGAAAUCGUUUUGAACCACCACGUGCCUUCUGUUACCCCGCCUGAAAGCGCAGAUGGUAUACUCCCUCCUCCCCCAACAGUGCCCCCACCCCCACCUCCCGUCAAAGUCGACCUCCCAUAUUCGCGCCCUGGGGAUGACAUGGGUGGAGUGGAAGAUGGACCACUGUUUCGAGCAACGAUGAAAGCAAUGGAGCAAAAGACUGGAAACAUGCGCACAAAAAUCAAAAAAGUUCUCAAGAAAGCUGAAGCUGCCCAGCAAGCGCAGGCAACCUGCAACGAUGCCAUGGAGGCCUUUUUGGGCUCCUUGAAUGAUGCUUCUACAUCCAACGCCAAUGCCAUCCAGCCUGCACUAGACCAUUACUUCGAGAAGAUUGCUCGGCAGAUCCAGAACUACGAGCAUCUCAACACACUCCAGUUGCAAAAGCUCGUAAUUGAGCCUCUUAUUAAGCUAUACAACAACGAUAUUAAACAAGCUGAAUCGAAAAAGAAGGAGUUUGAUGAGGAGAGUCGCGAUUACUACGCCUACGUCAGUCGCUAUUUGGGCCAGAGACAGGACUCACUCAAAGAAAAGAAGCGUGUCGAAAGUGAUUCAAAGUAUCAGGUCAAGCGGCGGAACUUUGAGUUGAAGCGCUUCGAUUACUCUUCUUUCAUGCAGGAUCUUCACGGAGGCCGUAAGGAGCAAGAGGUCCUGUCUCACCUGACGAAGUAUGCCGAUUUCCAGGCCAAGAAUUUCUUGGCGGCUGCUAAGAAGGUUGAUGAGAUGGUCCCCCAGCUUGACGCUCUCAUUUAUGAGGUGACUCAGGCAGACAAGGAGUUCCAAUUCAAACGGACCGAGCGUGAGGAAAAGCGCAGGGCUUUAGAGAAGAACAGCAACCCGUACCUGGAGCCCGAUGUCGUGGCUGGCCCGGUAACCGUCGCUUCAACAUCUCUCGCGACUGCCAAUGGAGGUGCUUCCACCGACGCAGAACUGGGUCGAGCCGAUAGCACUGGAUCUCAGCUGCGCGGUGUCAUCAGCAACAGCUCAUCCAUUUCAUCCCAAGCCAACGCUGGAUCCGUUGGCUCUUCCGCAGGAGUUUCUGCCCCCACAACAAGCGCCGGCUCUGCAGGUGCCUCAAGCCAAAAUCGCUUCAAAGGCAUUCGAGAUCUUGAAGAAAGAGACACACUUGGAUUCGAUCAAGCUGCCGGUCAGCAACGUAAAGAGGGUCUCCUGUGGGCUCUGUCUCGCCCGGGUUCGCAUAUUGAUCCCAAGGGAAUCAAUAAGCAGGCAUGGCACAAGUUCUGGAUUGUGCUAGAUCAAGGAAAACUUUCUGAAUAUAGCAAUUGGAAGCAAAAGCUAGAUCUUCACAUGGAACCUAUCGAUCUUCGCAUGGCAUCCGUUCGCGAAGCUCGAAACGCGGAGCGCCGGUUCUGCUUUGAAGUCAUUACGCCUCAAUUCAAGCGUAUCUACCAGGCAACUUCGGAGGAGGACAUGGCCAAUUGGAUCCGGUCCAUCAACAACGCGCUGCAGAGUGCAGUAGAAGGACGCGGGCUGCCCCCUCAUCCUGUGCCGUCCAAAAUCGAAUCUAGUGGUCGUGACAUCGGCUCUGUUCUCACGGGCAAGAGCUCAUCGGUAUCUGGUCACCACGGAUAUUCAAACAGCUCCAGCCACAGUGUUGGUGUUAAUCGCCGGACUACAGUCGGUGCGCGACCCAAUUAUGUACGCCACGACAGCAACAGCUAUGAAGAGAACCCGUCACGCCUCCUUCAGCUUGUACGUGAUGCCGAUGAGGGGAACAAAUGGUGUGCCGAUUGCGGCUCUUCCUCGAAAGUCGAAUGGGUCUCCAUCAACCUUGGAAUCGUCUUGUGCAUCGAGUGUAGCGGUAUCCAUAGGUCCUUGGGAACACACAUCUCCAAGAUCCGAUCGCUCACUCUGGACGUACAUUCCUUCUCGAAUGACAUUGUCGAAAUUCUCUUGCAGAUUGGCAACCGGGUCAGCAAUAUGAUCUGGGAGGCGACGUUGGAUCAGUCGGUCAAACCGAGCGCAGGCUCUACGCGGGAGCAACGAUUGAAGUUCAUUACUGCUAAGUAUGUCGACCGGUCCUACGUUGAACACUUGCCUUCCCCGCGGUCCCGCUUUGCGACCCCUGACGAGACCCUUCUUGCCUCGAUCAAACGGAAUGAUAUCCAGGGCGUGCUCUACGGCAUUGCUCUGCGUGCCAACACGAACGUGGCUGAUCGCUCCCGCAACACUCAUGCCGUGUUCCUGGCCCUUGCUGCCGCCGACCCAGCCUCCCCCGGAUCCACCCCCACUACGCCUAUUUCCUCUCGCCCAGCCCCCAAGGCGAUACCUUUCCCCGUGGCCGAGCUGCUGGUUCAGAACGGCGCGGACAUUCCCCCGCAGCCGCCUUCCAUUCCCCUCUCCUCGGUAGCCCAACUCUAUCUCAGUCAGCGUACUUCGCGGGCAUCUGCCUUCACGCCUCCUACACCGGGUCCUGUCCCUGGAAAGGUCACUGUUGCCGACAGCUUGGGUUCUUUACCUACCAUCCGCGCCUCAGGCAAAGACAGUACUUCCUCGUCUUCAGCACAGCCAUCUAGCUCCUUGGACAGCAAGGAGAAAGAAAAGGAGAAGCUUUCCAAACGAGGAAGUGCCGGCGCUCGAUUUGCAGGAAAAGUGGCAUCCCUUGGAAUCGACCGAUAA